CAUACGCCGGCGCGCAUCAUCCGAGGCGCCCCGCCGAGCCGCCCGCUCCGUGACCUUUGCCCCCGUUCCCCCGCCCGCGGCCCUGCGCGGCGCGUCAUGGCGGCCCUCAGCAAGUCCAUCCCGCACAACUGCUACGAGGUGGGCCACACCUGGCACCCGUCCUGCGGGCUGUCCUUCCUGCAGAUCACCGCGGGCGCCCUGGAGGAGUCGCUGAAGAUCUACGCCCCCCUGUACCUGAUUGCAGCAAUUCUUCGGAAACGAAAAUUAGACUAUUAUUUACACAAACUAGUACCUGAGAUCCUGCAAUCUGCUUCAUUUCUGACUGCAAAUGGGGCCUUGUAUAUGGCUUUCUUUUGCAUUUUAAGGAAGAUACUCGGAAAAUUCUAUUCAUGGAGUCCUGGCUUUGGUGCUGCUUUGCCUGCAUCUUAUGUGGCAAUUCUAAUUGAAAGAAAAAGCAGGAGAGGACUGCUCACAAUUUAUAUGGCCAAUUUGGCCACAGAAACUUUAUUUAGAAUGGGUGUUGCAAGAGGAACCAUCACAACAUUAAGAAAUGGAGAAGUCCUUUUGUUCAGCAUCACAGCUGCCAUGUACAUGUUCUUUUUCAGGUGCAAAGAUGGUUUAAAAGGAUUUACAUUUUCUGCACUUAGGUUCAUUGUUGGGAAGGAAGAAAUUCCUACACAUUCUUCUUCCCCAGAGGCAGCAUACGCAAGAAUAGAACAAGAGGCUGAGAAGCAGGGGGAGAAAGCAAGAAGAAGGAAUAUAAUUGCGCUGGUCAGGAAACUUGUGGAUUCAGUAUGUAAACAUGGACCAAGGCAUAGGUGUUGCAAACAUUAUGAAGAUAACUGUAUCUCUUAUUGUAUUAAAGGUUUCAUCAGAAUGUUUAGUGUGGGCUACUUGAUCCAGUGCUGCCUCCGAAUCCCCUCUGCAUUUAGACAUCUAUUUACAAAGCCAUCUCGACUUUUUUCUCUCUUCUACAAUAAAGAAAACUUCCAGCUUGGAGCUUUUCUUGGUUCCUUUGUUAGUAUAUACAAGGGUACCAGCUGUUUCCUGCGUUGGGUCAGAAACUUGGAUGAUGAGCUACAUGCUAUUAUAGCUGGAUUUCUGGCCGGUGUAUCAAUGAUGUUUUAUAAAAGCACAACAAUUUCUAUGUAUUUAGCUUCCAAAUUGGUGGAGACACUGUAUUUCAAAGGUAUUGAAACAGGGAGAGUUCCUUACUUUCCUCAUGCAGAUACUAUCAUCUAUUCCAUCUCUACAGCGAUUUGCUUCCAGGCAGCUGUCAUGGAAGUUCAGACCUUAAGACCCUCUUACUGGAAGUUUCUGCUAAGGCUCACCAAGGGAAAAUUUGCUGUUAUGAACCGAAAAGUCCUUGAUGUUUUUGGUACUAGUGCAUCUAAACAUUUUCCGGAUUUCAUCCCCAGAUUGGACCCAAGAUACACAACUGUAACACCAGAAUUACCCAUAGAGCUUUCUUAAAGAUAACUGUAAUUUAUUGAUGUAUCACUGUUUCUUUACUUCAUCCUAAAGAGUUAAUUAUGUUCAACACAAAGAAGGGGGCCUGCGCUUGAACUCCAGUGUUAAUUUCAGUGAACAAUGUAUUAUUUUUGUUUCUUACCAAUCAGAAAUGCAGAAGCUUUGUAGGAAAGUGUUGCUUAAUAAUUAAGCUCCCCCUACAGCCAGAACCUGAUUCUGGAUCAUUGUAGUGAUCGAUAUGAUAUAUUAUUGAUUAAAUUAUGUCCACAGGCAAUAUUAAAUAAUCUAUUUAGGAUUGUAGUAACAAAUAAGAGUAUACUUUAAAUUACUUUAAAAGAUGUGUUUAGUUCAUUCCAGUGUAAUUCUUGGUUAAAACUAAGAAUAUUUCUACGUUUUAGGAUACAAAGGAUCACGGGUACAUGUAUUUGGUCUGUAUUUUUUUUUUUUUUUUAACUUUUGGACUGAUAACUAGAGUAGAGAAACGUUCUGGAUGUAUGGAUAAGAGGUGACUUCACAGUCACUGCUGCUUUUGUGUGGAGCAGUCUAACUGGGGGAAGUGCCCAUUCUGACUUCAGGGAUGCAGAGACGGGUCUCAGACUCUUUGAAUCAAUGCCAGGUAUCUAUGCCCUUCUUCCAUUGGUAAAUUCAUUUUUUCUCCAUGAUCAGCUGAGCUUUUUGGCAGCCCAGUUGACCUAUAUACUAAAGGAGGAUUAGGAACAAGUGUCACUUAACUACAUUGGAAUUGAUAAAGUUGAAAUAUAUGUUUUAAUCCUUCAUAAUAGGAUUACAGUUGGAUGUUUAAAGCAACUGAAGUUACCUUUAAACCUCUUUUAGGUUUAUCGUGUUUAUCCUCAUUUAUAAGGGCUGAAGACUAAACAGCUAAGUUAUGCCAUUGCUGAUAUUGAGAAGAGAGUAAAAUCCUAUGGAACAAAAGUGAUUUUGAUAAGUCUGAUAGUUGAUUCCCUCUCAGCUGUUAAACAGUGACUGUUUUAAAACCAUAAACAAUGUAAACAUCCAGUGGUUGUUUAAAAGUUCGUUUCAUCACAAAUUGGAUUCAGAUUCCCAGCCUCGGGGCUGGAGAGAUAGCACAGCGGGUAGGGCGUUUGCCUUGCACGCGGCCGACCUGGGUUCAAAUCCCAGCAUCCCAUAUGGUCCCCUGAGCACGGCCAGGGGUAAUUCCUGAGUGCAGAGCCAGGAGUAACCCCUGUGCAUCGCCAGGUAUGACCCAAAAAGCAAAAAAAAAAAAAACAGAUUCCCAGCCUCUUAUUUGAAAAUCAACACCUUUCUUGCUUCUGUUAAAAUUAAGAAGUGAAAAAGUGCAGUCACUGCCAGUUAUGAAAGUUAGUAGUUCAGGACACUCACGAUUAAAAUAUGAUCACUGUAGAGUUUUUCAGGGAAAAGGUAUACUUUUCUAAAUUAAUAAAAGGCUUGACUAUGAUGUCAAUAGUUAAUAUAACAUAUAGAAUGGAUGGUAUAUUUUUUUAAUAAUUUUCUUGUUGAAAAAUUUCAGGCCAUUUUAAAAUCAAUUAUGCACUAGAAUAUAUGUUAGAACAAGAAUUAUAACCCAGACUUUAUAAAAAAUGCUUAAUCCUUCAUAUUCAGUUUCAAGCCUUGUAUUUUUCUGUUUAUAUGUAAUCCUAUCCUCUGUUGUUAGGGCAAAUUGAAGCCCAACAAAAGGACAGACUCUGCCACCAUGAUAACAAGGAAAGCCACUUCAAUUGGUCACAUUGUUGUGUUGUGAUUAACUUUUAAAUUUGACUCGUUUAUUAGGCAGUACUGUCAAAGCAUCAUUUUGGUUUCAGACUUCAAAUUAAAUGAUUAAUAAAUUUUUAAGUUUUUAUUCACUGGCAUCAGCAUGAUGAUUGGUUGUGUUGGCUUUGAAAAUAAAGUAUUAUGGCAGUGAAGAAAUA